AUGCGUGCACCAGCCAGCUCUGACUCUCUAAAUCACUUAGAAUGGUCUGUAAAACAAGAGGCAGCUCGCUGUGACCCCUGCCCAGAAGAUCAGUAUCCCAUCAAGGAGACGGACCACUGCAUUGCCAAGAGGCUCCACUUCCUCUCCUAUCAAGAGACCCUGGGAUACACUUUAACUUCUCCGGCUCUUUUUCUCUUUAUGAUCACAUUGGCAGUUCUGGCAAUUUUCCUGUCUUCUAUCUUGGAAAAAACUGUCAUGGUGGUUCUGGCCUUCAUGGGCACCAAGCCAGUGAAAAGGAAAAAUAAACUCUUAGGAAAACCACUGACCAACUCGAUUGUCUUAGCCUGUCUCAUGGUCCAAGCAGUUCUUGGUGCCACCUGGCUGAUAACCUUUUCCCCAUUUCCCAACUUGGACUUCCACUCCUUAGUAGGAGAAGCCAUCUUGGAAUGUGCUCAGUUUGGUGUGGGUCAAAUACACAACUACACUUUGUCUCACAAAUCCAUCUGCAAGAGACACAAGCAUGUUUUCGGAAAAAUAUUCAUACCCAAGAAUUAUCAGCAGUUCCUGGCCUUAGCGUUUGCAGUUAGAGAGGUCAACAAAGAUCCGGGUCUCCUCCCCAACAUCACUCUUGGCUACCAUAUCUUUGACAAUCAGAAGCUGGAAAGGUUGAUUUCUAUACACAGCCUCUCCAUGCUCUCUGCAAAAUACAAAUUAGUUCCAGGUUAUGAUUGUGAACGGCAGGACCCUCUGCUCUCUGUCAUUGGAGGACUCAACCCCAAAACCUCAAGGCAGAUGGUCUCCAUCUUCAGCAUCUUCAAGGUCCCACAGGCAGGAGAGAGGAGAAGAGUUCCAAAGGGAGAGCCUGUUUGCUGCUACCAAUGUGCCCCUUGUCCAGAAGGAACCAUCUCAAAUCAGACAGAUGCAGACCACUGUGACGAUUGUCCAGAAGACAAAUAUCCAAAUAUAGACAAGGACCACUGCAUUGCGAAGAAGAUCCACUUCCUUGCCUAUCAACAUACCUUGGGAUGCACUUUAGUUUCUCUCACUCUUUUCCUCUCUGUGAUCACAUCUGCAGUCCUGGUGAUUUUCCUUCAACAUCAUGACACACCAAUUGUCAAGGCCAACAACCGAGAUCUCAGCUACAUGCUCCUGGUCUCCCUCCUGCUCUGCUUCCUCUGCUCCUUCCUCUUUAUUGGUCGACCUGGGAAGCUCACCUGUCUCUUCCAACAAACUGCCUUUGCCAUUCUCUUUUCCCUGGCAGUUUCCUCUGUCUUGGCAAAAACUGUCAUGGUGGUUCUGGCCUUCAUGGCCACCAAGCCUGGGAACAAGACAAGGAAACUCUUAGGAAAACCACUGACCAACUCCAUUGUCUUAGCCUGUCCCUUGGUCCAAGCAGUCCUUUGUGCCACCUGGUUAGUAACCUCUCCCCCAUUUCCCAACAUGGACUUCCACUCCUUGGUUGGAGAGGCCAUCUUGGAAUGUAAUGAAGGUUCAACUUCAAUGUUUUAUGCUGUCCUUGCCUACCUGGGUUUCCUUGCCCUUAUGAGUUUUAUAGUGGCCUUUCUGGCUAGGAAAUUGCCUGACAGCUUUAAUGAAGCCAAAUUCAUUACUUUCAGCAUGCUGGUCUUUUGCAGUGUUUGGAUCAGCUUCCUCCCCACCUACCUGAGCACCAAAGGGAAGUCCAUGGUAGCUGUGGAGAUCUUCUCCAUCUUGGCCUCUGGGGCUGGUCUCUUGGCUUGCAUCUUUUUCCCCAAAUGUUAUAUUAUUCUGCUGAGACCUGAUCUGAAUCAGAGAGAAAAUAUAAUGAGGCACAAGAACCUCUGA